AUGCUGUGGAAGAUACUUCUUUCACAAAAGGACACGGGCACACCGCAUGAAACCCAAAUACCCCCCUGGGAACUCCCCCUCACCACCACCACCACCACCAGCCCCCAAAUAAUCCCCCCCUCCACCACCAAACUCAAAUUCGCAGGUUUGUUGAUCUUCAUCCCCAGCUACUAUGACUUUGUACGGCUUCGUAACGCCCUCAAGGCAGAUGACAGCGCGGAGUUCGCCACCGUUAGCGAGUACAGCAGAAAUGCGGAGGUCACUCGCGCGCGAGCUCGCUUCUACCACGGGCAGCGGCGCGUGUUGCUGUACACGGAGAGGGCACACUUCUACCACCGCUACCGCAUCCGGGGAAUUCAGGAUGUGAUCUUUUACGGACUGCCCGAUCACGGCGAGUACUACUCGGAGCUGGUGAACCUGCUUGAGGAGAGGGGCGCGGGAGGAGGAGGCCGCGGAUUCGGUGCGGGUGCGGCCGGGGGGUCUGCCGCCUCUCUCGCCACCGCCCACCAGGCCACGGUGACGGCGCUCUUCUGCCGGUGGGAUGUGUUGCAGCUUGAGCGGGUGGUGGGCAGCGGCAGGGCAAAGAAGAUGUUGCAAGGGGAGAGCGGCACCUACAUGUUUUGCUGA